AUGGCCCUUAACAAAGAACUGUCCACUACCUACGACCAGUUUCUUGAAACUGCCCCUAAGGAAAUAUCUUCCGUCAUAGUGGAUGCAGCCAGCAACUUCAAAAGCGUUUACGACCCUGCUAAGGCGAUCCAGCCCGGGAGCCCCUUUCCACAAUUUCAAUUGAGCGAUGCGAUCGGCAACAAAGUUUCAUUGAAUGAUCUCCUUGCUAAAGGGCCUAUCCUGGUAUCUUUUUACCGGGGUGAGUGGUGUCCUUUCUGUAACGUCGAGCUACGUGCGCUCCAAACCCAUCUGGACGAGUUUCACCAGAAAGGCGUAACUUUGGUAGCUGUGUCUCCGGAGUUACCCAAUCAAUCUCUGUCUACGUCCGAGAAAUUAUCAUUGAAGUUUCCUGUGCUUUCUGACGUUGGCAAUCAGCUGGCGAAGAAUCUCGGUCUGUUGUUCCCACAGCCCGAGUCUAUGCGGGAUGUUUUCGACAAGUUUGGCGUGGAUUGGAACCAGCGGUACGGCAACGACAACCUGGAACUUCCGGUGCCUGCAACAUUCCUCGUUGAUAAAGAGGGAAUUGUGCGCAAUUCCUUUGUCAAUCCUGAAUACCAAUACAGAUUGGAUCCUGAGACUGCCCUCCAUUGGAUUGACCAGCUUUGA